AUGAUUAAUCCUGCCCUCUUUAAUUUAUUGAGCCAGAAGCCUCACUUGAAUCCUUUGAACAGAUAGAGGAAUCAAAACAAUAUUUUUAGCGAAAACCUAUUUCAAUAAUUAUAAUCAGAUGAUGAUAGUAGUUAAUAUGAUUCAAAUGAUUUUGAUUAUGGAUAAGAAUAUGAGGCAGACUCAACAAAUGCUAUCUUCAAUGCGGCAUCAUUAAGUGCUAACAAGAAUAAUCAAUUUAUUCAAAUUUAUAACUUUGGAGAUGAUUAAUGGUGCUCAUUCUAGGAGAAGAGAGAUAAACAAAUAAAAAUAUUCUUAAGAUAUUUUUCUCAGUUGUUUGAUAAGUUUGUAGAAAUAUCAGUCAGUCGAGAGCAUUCUAGAGAGCCAUUCUAAAUUCCAGCAAAAUAAAAUAUAAGCAGAAGAUAACCUUUAGUAGUACCAGCGAUACCAGAGUAUAAAUUCAACAACUUACCAAAUCCAAAUUAAAUAGAUCCAUUAUUACUCUAGCAGUUCAUCCUAAAUUAAAGUCUAGCUAAUCAAAAUUAGAACAUAAAUAAUCAGCCUUAUCUUUAUAGUCUAGAACUUUAAAUUGAGGAAAAAAUCGGUAUCAAGCUAAAAAUUCACGAUGAAAUCAAGAAUCUUAAAAAAAAUAACAAUAAUGAGGUCUAGUCUAUGACAUUAUCAAAAAACAAACUGACUGCAAUACUUAAUAUACCAUAAUAAAGAACUUAAUAUUGGAAUGAUGAGUUAAAUCAGCUUACCAUAGUUCAUAAAUAGUUUGAAAUCAAUGAUCAAUCAAAGAAGACAGAUUACUUCCAUCUUCAAGAGUUCUUGGAUUUGUAUCCUUAACCUAAAGAAAUUUUAAUUGAAAUUUAAAGUAUAAGAAAAUCAAAGAAGGGGAGGAAUACGCAUGAAAUUUUCUAAAUCUAUGCAUUUAGUAAAAAUGCUAGUCUUAUUGAAGAUACAUACCAAGCACUUGAAGAUUUUUAUGAAAGAGAUUAUAAGACAUAGUAAUAAUUAUUCUUGGAUAAGAAGUAUUUGGAAAAAUAAAUUGUUGCACUAAAGUAUGAAUACUUGAAGUAACAUAAAACUAUUGAAACAUUUUUAAAGUAGCAAGGAAUUAAUGAGAAAGUAAUUUACGGAGGAGAUGAUUAUUCCAUAUAAUGCAAUGUCUCUGACAAUCAGCUACUUUCCAUCACUGAUCCAAUAAAUAAAGUACUAAAUACAUUCUAAGUUUUCAAAAUUCAUAUUCCUUGCGAUUACAUUUUCAAAACUAAAUUCAUUUUUUAAACUCUCAGCAUCUAUGAUCAACUAAACAAUAAUAAGAAGAUCAUAAUGAAGAGAGCAAAUGAUAUCUGCUGCAAUUAAAUAUAAAGAUAUAAAAGUUAUAAUGUCACUGCCGACUUUGAUACAGAUCAAAGCAGACAAGAGGAAUAUUUUAUAUUUGGAACUAAUGUCAUUGAUUCUUGCGAACUAAUACAAGGCUAUUUUGAUAGUAUUGAAAUAGUUUAAAUAAACUACGAAAAUUUUAUUUCCAAAACCAUUAGAGAUAAGUUCAAAAGAGACAUCAAUAAGCUUUCUGAAUAAUAUAGAGUCAAUAUAGACUUGAUAAAUGUUAUACCUUGCCAUAUAAAAGUCAUUUCUGAUCAGAAAUAACUGUUGGAUAGAAUAGAAGAGCAGAUCAGAAAAUUACUUGAAGAAUAUAAUGAACAAGACUAAUAAGAGGACAAAAUAAUAGAGUUAGAUAAUGAUGCUUGGGUAAUUUAAAGAAUAUUUGAAACAAGCAAAGAUAGAGAUUUCAUAGCAAAGCUCAAGAAAACUCAUGAAGAUGUUGAUAUAGAUUUCAAACUAACAAAAUUCGUGAUAAGCGGCCAACGAUCUAAAACAUAACUUGCUGGUAAAGAUCUGUAGAUUAAGCUGCUUAAACUGAAGAAUAUGAAAAUUGAGGAAUAGUUUUAAGAUAAAAACUUAUUGUGGGCCUAUAGAAAUAUUGGUUAAAGGUCUCUUGAAUAGACAUACAAAGUCAAAACAAAGAUUGAAAUGAGAGAAAAUUUCAACGACUCGAGUGUUAAUGAAUCAUUUACCACUUUUGACCUUAACUCUAGCUUUGAAACCUAAGUUAACUAUACUAAGCUUGAGGAAAAGUAAUAAAGCAUUAAUUACUAAUGGUCAUAUAAAGUGUUUUAAGGCGACUCAAAUUAUCAUCAAAGGACUGACUAAACAGGUGAUUGGUUUGAUUUUGAUUAUGAUCAGAAUAAUUAGAUUGAAUCUCAUUUCUAAAAAUGCAAGUAAUUAGACACAUAUGGUCAGAAGUAGAAAAUCAUUGGAGAUAUGAAUAUGUAAAAGAAUGGCUUUGAAUAUAUGAUAUAUGGAUACAGUAAGGAUCCUAGUUAGUGGUUCGAAGAGAAUACUUAAACAGGUAAAAAGAGAUAACUUCAAAGAAAAGAUGUGCCACUUCAUUUACAAAGGAAAUUCGGGUAAAAUAAUACUCAAUCAUCAACUCUGAAUCAGAAAUAUAUAAACAAAAAUUAAGCCGGUUGGAAUACAUAAAGGGUUAGUACAAUUGAUAGAUAGUAGAACUUUGGAUUAAUAAGUUAAAUUUAAGAAACUUUAGUUAUAGAGGGUUUGUAAGAAGAUAUAGAUAGAUUGGUUGAAAAUCUGAAAAUUUAUUUCAAAGAUGAUUCAAAUCAUAAAGAGAUAUUGCCUCUUUAGAACUUCUUUAAUUAACUGGAUAAAAAGUUGACCACUGAGCUUGAUAAUUAUUUGUAGAAUAAGAUCCACAAGAAAAACUACAAUUUCAAUCAUAAAGAGUUUGAAAUUGAAUUCAUUGGAUAAAAAGCUGCUCAAUAUAAACUAAAGAUCAUUAAAAAACUAAUUGGCUUAAAGUCUCUGAAGUUUCCAGAUUAUUGGCAAGAUAAAUUUAAAAUAUUUACAACUUAAGACUCUGCUGUUUAUUAAGUUGACAAAACCUCAUCAGAAUUUGCUAGUAUUUAGUAAAUUUUUACAUCCUAAAAAAGAGUAUUAGUAGAUGUUUAAAGAUUUUAAGAUAAAGGCAAGUGGCAGAUGUUUUAAAAUGAACUUAAGUACAUUAAGUAGAAAAAUGGACAAGAUCCAUUGGUAACAUAUUUGUUCCAUGGUACAAGGCUCAAUAAUCCACAGGAUAUCAUUUAAAGUUAAGACGGAUUAGACUUAAGAUUUAGUAAAUAAGGAUAUUUUGGAAAAGCUCUAUACUUUACCCAAAAUUUGUAGUAUGUUUAUGACUAUGGCUUUUAAGACCAGUCUAUAAUUGGAUUUAGAAAUUAAGGAAAUAUUACUGUGGCUGUUAAUAACAAUUUGAAUACAAGAAAAAUUAUCAUGGCUAAAGUAAUAAUAGGUAUUUCUUUUGAUUCUGGCCACGAUAGCUCACUAACACAUACUCCACUUCUACCAGGAAAUACUAGCAAAAGAUAUGAUAGCAUUUCUGGAAAUGCAUCAGGCACUCAAGUUUAUAUGAUUUAUAAUAACAGACAGGCUUACUCAGAGUAUAUUAUCACAUUCUAAUGA